AUGAGGAAUACUGCAGGUGUUUUGCACCUUUUGCUUCUCAUUGUAGCGGUCGCGCUGCACGCCCAAGCAUCCCAGGAGGCUCAUCUUGCAAAAUUUCUCUUAUCCAGAAGAAACAGAAGCAGAAGCAGCAGCGCUAGUGUACACGCGCCGCCUUUCGGAAUCGCCGGUAGUCUCCGGACAGAUCAGUACUCUGCCGGCUUCGACCACAGCGCUCUGAAGGCGGCCGAAAAGAUCGCGGCGCUGCCGGGGCAGCCGGCGGGCGUCGACUUCGAUCAGUACGGCGGGUACGUCACCGUCAACGCCAGCAACGGCCGCGCGCUCUUCUACUACUUCGUGGAGGCGCCCGGCGACGCGGCGGCGAAGCCACUCCUCCUGUGGCUCAACGGAGGUCCUGGAUGCUCGUCGCUGGGCUACGGAGCGUUGCAGGAACUGGGCCCUUUCCGCGUGAACAGGGACAACCAAACCCUCAGCAGGAACAAGCAGGCCUGGAACAACGAGGCGAACGUCAUCUUCCUGGAGUCGCCAGCCGGCGUUGGAUUCUCCUACUCCAACACCUCCUCGGACCACAACAACGUAGGGGACCCGAUGGCCGCCCAGGACGCCUACGUGUUCCUCGUGAACUGGCUGGAGAGGUUCCCGGAGUACAAGGCGCGCGCUUUCUACAUCGCCGGGGAGAGCUACGCCGGCCACUACGUGCCCCAGCUCGCCGCCACCAUCCUAGCCCACAACAGCAACAAGAACAGCUCAGGUGCCACCAUAAACCUGAAGGGCAUCUUGGUGGGCAACCCGUGGCUGGACGACGUGAAGAAGAACAGAGGGCAGUACGAGUACAUGUGGAACCACGGCGUGAUGUCCGACGAGGUCUGGGCCGACAUCGUCAGCCAUUGCAGCUUCGACGACUCCGCGGACGGCGACAGGUGCUACGCUGCCAUCACCAAGUUUCGGUCCGGCGGCAUCGACGAGUACAACAUAUACGCUCCGAUAUGCAUCACAGACCGCAACGGCACCUACUACUCCAGCAGCCAGUUACCGGGUUACGAUCCGUGCAGCGACGUGCCUACCUUGGCCUACCUGAAUCUUCCUGCAGUGCAGAGGGCUCUCCACGCCAGAGAAACUAAAUGGACUGACUGCACAAUUUUUGAAGAUUUCAAAGACUCUCCGGAAACCAUGCUGCCAACAUUGAAAUGGCUAAUCGACCACCGCUUGCCCGUGUGGCUGUUCAGCGGGGAUUUCGACUCGGUGAUCCCGCUCACCAGCACGAGGUACACUGUGCGCGACCUCAACCUCUCCAUCACAGAACCGUGGCGUCCAUGGACGGCAGGGCACGAGGUAGGGGGCUAUGUUCAGCAGUACGCGGGAGGGUUCACGUUUGCCUCCGUCAGAGGAGCCGGGCACACGGUCCCGUCCUUCCAGCCAGAGAGAUCGCUGAUAUUGCUCCAAUCUUUUCUCAAGGGGAUCCUCCCUCCUUACAAGAAGACGGCCUAGAUUUUGCUAUCAACCGUUGUUGUGAUCUGAUGUUAUGUAGGCAAGCCUUGUGACCGUGAGAGCACUUGAUACCGCUCCAGGUCACCUGGCAAACACAAUGAACAAGAAUUAUCGCCUCUAACAAGUUUUAUGUGGAAACCUCGAUACAUGUUCUCGAC